ACCAAAUUCCCUCUUCCCAACCAAACUCUCUCAUUUCUAUCUCAUUAUUUUCUCUCGGGUCACAUUCUCACCAUCUCAGGCGAAGCUCUCUCUCUCCCCACAGUCGUCGUCGCCACCGUCUUCUCCAUCUCCGGCCACGGUAAGAUGCCACCCAAACGUAUCCCACCACUUGAGAUCCCUAUGGAGGAUCAUUAUGUCGGUCGUAUGACCUAUAGGGGUUCCGGGAGGUUAACAAAAUUGAAGAAAAGAUUUGAGGAGCAUGGAUUGUUGGGGAGGGUGAAUGAGUCUGUUUUUGGACCAUUCUUCACAGCCCCUCCCUUUUCGUUCUUUGGGGCAUUGGUUCACACACUACUUUUGCGGAAGGUCAAGUCUCCGCGUGGCGAUGAGGUGCACUUCUUGAUGGGCCCAAACUUAUGUAAGUUUGGGGUGCACGAGUUUGCCAUUAUCACCGGCCUGAGCUGCUCCUGUCCACCACUUGCCGUUGACAUUGAACCUCACAUUACUUCCUCCCGCCUAGUUGAUACAUAUUUCAGUGUGGAACCCGAAAAAGACAUUCGGUUCAGUAUCUUGGAACGAGCUUUUAGUAUGUGCGAUGUACCUGAUGAUUUGUACAAGCUCGGUUUGUUUACUUUGUGGAGGGGAUACUAUUGGGCGCUGAGAACGACAAUGCUAUUUGGCGAGAUUCAUUGUCGAUGGUCGAGGAUUUAGAUUAUUUUGAGAAGUAUCCAUGGGGAUCCCUUUCAUUCGAUACAACUGUGAAACAAUUCAAUAGAGAUAUGAAAGCGAUUGGUGGUACAAUACCAGGUAAGAAGGCGAAGAAGAUCACUGAGGUGGAGUCUUCUAAGGGUUUUAAGGUGGAGGCAAAGUACACUUGCAAGGGGUAUCCACCAGCCUUGCAAUAUUGGGCGUACGAGACGAUUCUUGAUUUACAGAAGGAACACGCCAAGCCCUGUGGAUUCAAGUUCCCUAGGAUGCUACAGUGGGAGAGCAUA